AUGAGGUGUUCUAUGCGGUCUAUUGCUGUUGCUGUUGUGGCCCUGUGGUGUGCGGUGCUCUAUCCCGCGGUUUCUGCUGAACACACCAACAACUGGGCGGUGCUUGUGUCGACUUCACGGUUCUGGUUCAACUACAGACACAUGGCGAACGUGCUGAGCAUGUACCGGACCGUGAAGCGGCUCGGGAUCCCGGACUCACAAAUCAUUCUGAUGCUGAGCGACGACGUCGCUUGCAACUCGCGGAACCUGUUCCCCGGGUCCGUAUUCAACAACAAGGACCAUGCCAUCGACCUGUACGGUGAAUCCGUGGAGGUCGACUACCGCGGGUACGAGGUCACCGUCGAGAACUUCAUCCGGUUGCUCACGGACCGGUGGUCAGAAGACCAGCCGAAGUCGAAGCGGUUACUCACGGACGAGAACUCGAACAUAUUCAUCUACAUGACGGGCCAUGGGGGCGACGACUUCCUCAAGUUUCAGGACGCUGAUGAGAUUGCGUCAGAGGACAUCGCGGACGCGUUCGCGCAGAUGCACGAGAAGAAACGGUACAACGAGAUCUUCUUCAUGGUGGACACUUGCCAGGCAAACACCAUGUUCUCCAAAUUCUACUCACCAAACGUACUUGCGGUCGGGUCCUCGGAACUCGACGAGAGUUCGUACUCGCACCACUCGGACGUCGAGAUCGGCGUCGCGGUCAUCGACAGGUUCACUUACUACACGCUCGAAUUCAUGGAGUCCAUCCAGAAGAACUCGACACUCACACUCCAAGACCUCUUCGACUCCUACACUUUCGAGAAGGUCCAUUCGCACACGGGGGUCCGCACAGACCUCUACGAGAGGGUCCCUCGCGACGUUCUCAUCACAGACUUCUUCGGGAACGUCCAGAACGUCGUACCAGACACUACGCAGGACCAAGCGGACCAACAACUGGACACACACAACAGUAUCCUGGAACUCGCCCUGGACAAGUACGGCACUGAGAUUCCACACCAGGACAACACUACAACUCACCACAACGACCAAAAGAUCAAGCUGACCCAUUCGCUGAACGGCGCACUGGCAGAGGCACCAAGGGCAACAGCCACGGGGAAACUUCCCGGUCUUGCAACAUCCAUCGGAGUCUCGCUCCUACUGUUGCUCCUCCUGGCCACGCUCACGAUCCCUUGCCAAAGAGUGCAGCAGUCCGUCGCCCAAUGCAACCAACUGUUCAACUACUAA